UAAUGUUUUGGCAUUAGUUAAGAGUGAAUUAUUGCUAACGUCCUGGGAGAGUUUUUCUUGAAAGUGAAGUGGGAUCUUUUACAGCUAUCUGCACCUGCAAAUAUUAUAUUUUGCUAAAAAGCAGAAUGGACAUGGUUGUGCAUUCGGUGAAUUAAGAACUUGGCACUGAAUUUGUAUUUUCCAUGGAAUAUAAAAUAUUGCAAGGUACUCCACAGAGACAUGAUGGAAGCUGACAGAAAUGGUGAUACUUAAUGAAUGGAUUUGUUGAACAUGGUGGUGAGGUAUCAGAAGGUUUGGGCAUUACCAGUGGAACAAAGGAAUUGGCAGAUGCACAAGAAGCAAUAAAGAUCUCAAGGGAUGUAUGACUGAGGAGGUAACCAUGAAGCAAGGUUGUUGGCAGGUAACCAUGGCGAUGACUGGGCAGACGACCUCCUACCCCACCAUGAGCAACCAUACAAAGGAGCGGGUCACGAUUACAAAAGUUACCCUUGAAAACUUCUACAGUAACCUGAUCGCACAGCAUGAAGAAAGAGAAAUGAGGCAAAGAAAAUUGGAAAAGGUAAUGGAAGAAGAAGGCCUAGGAGAUGAUGAGAAGCGGAUGAGAAGGUCCCAACACGCCAGAAAGGAGACAGAAUUCUUGCGGCUCAAGAGGACCAGACUAGGGUUGGAUGAUUUUGAAUCCUUAAAGGUUAUAGGUCGAGGCGCCUUUGGUGAGGUGCGUCUUGUACAGAAGAAAGAUACGGGUCACAUCUACGCCAUGAAGAUCCUGCGCAAGUCAGACAUGCUGGAAAAGGAGCAGGUUGGACAUAUCCGUGCAGAACGGGACAUCUUGGUGGAAGCUGAUAGUCAGUGGGUGGUGAAAAUGUUCUACAGCUUUCAAGACAAACUCAAUCUCUACCUAAUCAUGGAGUUCCUUCCUGGAGGGGAUAUGAUGACCCUGCUAAUGAAGAAGGACACACUGAGUGAAGAGGAAACGCAGUUCUACAUAGCCGAGACUGUGCUGGCCAUUGAUUCCAUUCACCAGAUGGGUUUCAUCCACAGGGAUAUCAAGCCAGACAAUCUGCUCCUAGAUAGCAAGGGACACGUUAAGCUGUCUGACUUCGGCUUGUGCACGGGACUGAAGAAAGCUCAUAGGACGGAAUUCUACCGCAACCUCAGUCACAGUUUGCCGAGUGACUUCACUUUUCAGAACAUGAAUUCCAAGCGGAAAGCAGAGACAUGGAAGAGGAACCGGCGGCAGUUGGCCUUCUCCACUGUGGGCACCCCGGAUUACAUUGCACCCGAAGUAUUCAUGCAGACCGGCUACAACAAACUCUGUGACUGGUGGUCACUUGGGGUCAUCAUGUACGAGAUGCUGAUUGGCUACCCACCCUUCUGCUCAGAAACCCCCCAGGAAACGUACAAGAAAGUGAUGAAUUGGAGAGAGACCCUCACAUUCCCACCAGAGGUCCCCAUUUCAGAGAAAGCCAAGGACUUAAUUCUAAGGUUCUGCUGUGAGUCAGAAAUGCGAAUUGGAGCCAAUGGAGUGGAAGAUGUGAAGAGCAACCCGUUCUUUGAGUGUGUGGACUGGGAGCACAUCAGGGAAAGACCAGCAGCUAUAUCGAUUGAAAUAAAGAGCAUCGAUGAUACAUCUAAUUUUGAUGAAUUUCCCGAUUCGGACAUCUUGCAGCCUGGAGUAUCACAGGCAGGGCUAGAAAGUAGUGGUAAGAAGUGCCUGUCCUCUAAGACAGUUGCAGUGAGCAACCAUUCGGAGUCAGAUUACAAGAACAAGGACUGGGUCUUCAUCAACUACACGUACAAACGAUUCGAGGGACUCACAGCCCGAGGAGCCAUCCCGUCUUACAUGAAGUCCGGCAAAUGAUAAACUUUGAUCCCAGGGGCUGGCGUCACUGCUUUAGUGCCUGUCUUUUCUUAGCAACUCGAUUCGUCCUUUGGUGGAGCCUUACUGCCGUGGACAGUGACAGUUGUGAAGGACUGAAGAUUUUAUUCCUAAUAUCCAGAUCUCCUUUAUAAUCUCUCUUCCCGUGCGGCAGGGGCCGGUAAUUUGAUGGGAAGCAGCCCUGGAGUUCGGGCAGCGCCUGUCUGAAUCAGCGGCAGUGGAAGGGUGAGUGGUGUUCCUGGGACAGAGACCUGGGGUCCAAGCCUCUGCCUUUCAGCUGCACUGCCGGUAGGUGUCUCUGCAUCCCCUGCCUGACUCUGCCCUGUCCACAUGGGUUUAUUGAGCACACCGGUGUGGCUAAUACAUAGUGUCCCCUUCAUUGAUUGGUGGGUGUGACAAGGGUACCUCAUUCCCCUCCUCCCAUUUCCCCUCCCAUAUCCCCCCCCCCCCCCCACCUUAAAGGGCCAGUGUAGGAAGCAAUUCUGGUUUUGUUAGUAUUGUGCAGAUUCCCCAGUUCUUGCCCACGGUGAGAGAGAUGCACAGUAUUGGGCAGAGCGCAGUGUAAUGAGGUUCCCAGUGUACAAGAUGGGUAGAAAGCCCAGUGAUUGGCGAGGCAGCCAGCCUGUACGUAGCUGGUCAGCUCACAUGUGGCCCAUGCAUAUCUGGAUAUGUAUAAGGUUGCUGGUGCACAGCUGGCUGGUGCACACCUGCCAAGCAUGCAGCUGCCACACAGCUGUUCAUUUGCUUCGUGCUGAUGCUGGGCAGUGCCAGCUCCCACCAUUUCUGUUAACGACUCUGCGAACACCAAGGUACUAUUCUCAUCAUGUGUUUUUAUCUAUCUCCGUGCAUUUAAUUAGAUGGGGUUCGUGAAGAACUCUGUGGUGAUUUCUCCUUCCUUUCUAACUAUAUGCAGUUUUUAUUAUUUUAUAAGGGGAACGUUUAUGGUGGUUCUCGUUUGUAAAUACCGGUUGUGUGUUUGUACCUGUAUAGAAAAUGUUUUCCUGAUUGGCCUUCCUGUCGGGAGAGGCAGGCGAUGGAGUCUGGAUCUCUGCAGGCUUGGCUGGGAGUCUCCUUCCACAGCUAAGGUCUGAGUUACAGUAAUACCUCGCAUUACAACGAGGAUCUGUUCCUGGAAACCAUUAUGUGAAACUUCAUUAUAGCAUUUUAUAACGUACAUAAAAGAAGUUAUGUAGCCAAAAAAAAGGGAAAGGGAAGUCCAGCAUGAACUCUGGAGGCCCAGGAACGGACUUUGCUGCAAUGACCUUUUUCUGUUACAUGGGCCUUUGGAAUCUGAGGUAUUACUGUAUUUGUAGUUUGUGCACCAGUUCCAGUUGGACAGUCUGGUGGUCGAAAGUAUGGUCUCUGCCCCAUUUAAUCCUUCACAGUUAAUUGGAAAUCCCUCCUCAUUUUUCUCCUGAUGUAUUUUAUCUCUCCAUUUCCCCCAACCCCCAAUCUUGACUCGGAUUGAACUCAGAUUCCAGGUCUAGUAUUACUUUAUAACUCAGUAUAUCGCUUGCUUGUAGAAGACUCACAUGUUUUUUGGUGCCACUUCACCUAUUAGAGGGCAAGAUAAAAAUCCAUGAUGCUGCUACUUGUGGACCAGAUAUUUUGGUAAUUGCUGGCCAGUGACAUAAUGAGAGUGCUCACACUGUUGAGCAGCGAGUGUUGUUUGGUCCUGCUCAGUUCUCCUGCUGGCUGUGUCCUUGUGCUGAUCCCCACCGAGUGGCAGUGGGAACCACUGGGCUUGCUGCUUCCUUUGGCUUUCGGAAGGAUUUCAACCGAACCAGAAUCCAGGAUGUGGCUGUUGGUGGGAUUUGGGAUUUGUUGUACUUUUUUAUUCUGAGAAAGUUUGUUGAAUGUGUUAUGACAGAGCCUUAACUGAGAGCAAGCAAUGGAAGAAAAGAUCCUCUCCCUCCCCUGCCCCCACUCCCCCCCCCCCCCCCCCCAAUCUGUUCUCCUCUUCCUCCAACACUCCCAAUGCCCAGUUCCACUCUUUCCCCAUUGAUUGGUCCCACUCCUUUCCCCUUUUCUCUGGGAUGAUCUGGAGUUGGUUUGUCCCAUUGGUCAGUCACUCUGGCAGGAGGGUAUUAGUUCUAGUGUAGGUGGGAUUGGAUGUCACCCUCUCUCCUGAGAGUGGACAGUGAAUCCAAAGCCCAAGGGCGGAGCUUGCAACUAAGUGGCUGAUGUUCAAGUUGAAGGGCGUUUCUGUAGGGGACCCUCAUCCCAGCAUAGUAAGGGGUGUUCAAUUCAGUUCUUGUGAUGCUAGCACAAGCUGUUUAUCCCCCAAAGUGCACCCACCUCUAACCCCAAUAGUAAUAGGCCCAUGGGAUGUGGUUGUAGAUGUAGCUCAAGUUAAUAUGACUGGGUGUAGAUAUUUUCUGGUGAUUCUUUGGGCUCUGUGGGACAACAAAAUUAACAGUAAAUUUAAAACCUCAAUGCAUUUCACUGAUGGGGGCUGCUGCUUCUCCAUUAUAGUGGACGAGUGCAUUCUGCCAUUUUCUGCUCAGCACCCUUCAGACUGACUCUUCUUGUGCCAUGUUCCUCACCUUGAGAGUGAACAAAUCCUUCUGCUGGAAGCCACAGGCACGGGGAAGAUGACCUUUUCCUUUGAGAGUUGGACCAAGCAACUGGUCUGAGCUGCUCAAUCCCAGUGGAACUUGUGGAUGGUUGUUUCAUUGAUUGAAAAUAAUCACCAAACCCAAGUCACAGCAGAAGGGUCUUGCUGUUGAUCUCACUAUUAAAAUUCCCAACCCUAAUCCAUCAGGAGCUGUGAGUUACCCCACCCAUUAAAACUAUGUGGAUGUUGAUCUAGAACCGUAUCUCUGCAAUGGUCAGUUGGGUGAGGUGCUCUAUAAAGCUUAGCAACGUCGGCACCUUCUCCUGAAGGGAAGACAGAGGAGAAAAGCCAGCUACACCCCACCCCAGUCCAGACCUGUCUGCUUAUCUGGGCUUCCAUGUCUAAGGGAGAGAAUGACCACAGUUCGUCCUUCAGUACCUGCAGGGGUGGCUUUGAUAGCUCUCUGAAGCAAGCCAGUGGAUGGAGUCUAGUUGGAGGAAGGGAUGUGUCCGUGACCAGUGUUGCUGGGCCUGGGAGUGAUUUGCGAUCUGGUGUAAGUAUUGUAUAAGUUGGAGAAUUGCUUUUUAUGAAUGGCCACCUACUUUCUUUAAACCUGUAUUAUAAAAGACCUUUUACAUAA